UAAUUUUGAAACUGGCUGUCACUAUUUGUUACGAAAAUCUGACACUUCGUCAGCCUAAUAAGAAUUAACCAUGGCUGCUAGUAUAUUAAAUACAAUUUUACGAAAGUCUAAUAAUUUAAUAGCUCCAAUAUCAUCCCUUAAUUCAAAUGGUGUUUUGCAAAAUGCCAUUAUCGCAAGAUGUGCAGGAAAGUGGUAUCCGGAUAUCGAGUAUUAUAAACAGUUUGCUGGACCUGUUCUGUACCCUGAUCCAAAUGUAGAAUACAAAAUGAUCCCAUGGAACAGUAUUGAACAUCCAGUUGAAAAGCAGGUACGUAACUUGCACUUGAAUUUUGGGCCACAACAUCCAGCUGCCCACGGAGUGUUACGACUAGUUCUAGAACUGGAUGGAGAGACAGUUGUGAGAGCUGACCCUCAUAUUGGCCUUCUACAUCGUGGAACAGAAAAAUUAAUUGAAUAUAAAACAUACACACAAGCAUUACCAUACUUUGAUCGGUUGGAUUAUGUAUCCAUGAUGUGCAACGAACAAUGCUAUUCUUUAGCUGUGGAAAAAUUGCUGAACAUUGAUAUUCCUUUGAGAGCAAAAUAUAUCAGAACAUUGUUUGCUGAAAUUACAAGAAUUUUAAAUCAUAUUAUGGCUGUGGGUACACAUGCAUUGGAUGUAGGAGCUUUGACACCCUUUUUCUGGCUUUUUGAGGAAAGAGAAAAAAUGAUGGAAUUCUAUGAAAGAGUAUCAGGCGCUAGAAUGCAUGCUGCUUAUAUUCGUCCUGGUGGUGUGUCACAGGAUAUGCCAAUUGGAUUGAUGGAUGAUAUUUACGAAUUUGCUUCAAAGUUUGCUGAGCGUUUAGAUGAAGUAGAAGAUGUGUUAACUACAAACCGAUUAUGGGUUCAACGUACUGUUGAUAUAGGAACCGUUUCUGCUGAAGAUGCUCUGAAUUAUGGUUUCAGCGGUGUUAUGCUUCGUGGAUCUGGUAUUAAAUGGGAUUUGCGUAAAGUUCAACCUUAUGAUGCUUAUGAUAAGGUUGAGUUCGAUGUACCUAUUGGUACUAAAGGAGAUUGUUACGACAGAUACUUGUGUCGUGUUGAGGAAAUGAGGCAAUCUUUGCGCAUCAUUGAUCAAUGCUUAAAUCAAAUGCCAGAAGGUGAAAUUAAAACUGAUGACAUGAAAUUAACAACACCAUCUAGAGAAGAAAUGAAGACUUCUAUGGAAGCUCUAAUUCAUCACUUCAAACUCUUCACUCAAGGAUACCAAGUACCACCUGGUGCUACAUAUACAGCUAUUGAAGCACCAAAGGGAGAAUUUGGUGUUUACCUAGUAUCCGAUGGUUCUAGCAAACCCUACAGGUGCAAAAUCAAGGCACCAGGUUUUGCCCAUUUGGCCGCUUUAGAUAAAAUAGGAAAGCGUCAUAUGCUUGCUGACAUUGUGGCUAUUAUUGGUACAUUGGAUGUAGUAUUUGGAGAGAUAGAUCGUUAA